UCCGCCUAACGUUUCUUUCCGUCCUUAUUAACUAGAACUGAAUUGUUCCAGUUAAUGCAUUUCGGCUUGGGGGUCCUAAACCACAAAAACCAAACAAAAAAAAACGCCUCAGUUAAGCACUUUCAUGUUAGGUAGGAAACACACAAAGGCACUUAACUGGGCACUCAGUAGCUUCAUCACAAUCACGGCGGUGGUCUUGAAAACAGACAUGACUUACACGCGUUUUAAUCUUACCCUUCUUAUUUGGUGGCUCUCCACUGGGGUCUUGCCCUCAGCACUGUAUGCCCUGCGCCAGGUUCUGCCUGGAAGUACGGUAGCUCUGCCCUGCAACUUCACAAGCCGCUCUGAGAUCACAUGGAUCCGACAGCACUCAGAGGAAAUCACUAUGCUGGGGAUCUCAAAAAUAAGUAUGGACAGCACAACGGUGAACACGUUCGACAGAGAAGACCACUUCACAGCCACUAAAGACAAUCUGACAGGGCUUAUAAAUCUAUGGAUUAAGGAAGUCAGUGAAGCAGACCUGGGGAUCUAUUUCUGCAGUGUACGAAUCAAUGGGAGGCUGACCUUUGGUUCAGGGGAGCACCUAACUUUUGCAGGUCCGACGUCACAGACCUCAUUUCCUGUGUGCUGGACUCUCCUGGCCGCCGUCACCCCAGCAGGUGCCCUGCUGAUCACUCUGCUUGUCUACAAGCUCUGCCAUCCUGCAGAUUGUAAGACCUCUGCUUGUGCCAGCUGUCAGGGAAGGAGUGACAAGCUGAAGACUGUGGAUCUACACUAUGACAGUCUUUGCCUACCUGACAAGGCCUGCCCUCCUGUUCAGAGAUGCCCCACCUCCAAUGGCGUGAUCUAUGCCACGGUAGCAUUUCAGGGAACAGCCAGGCAAAACUAAGGCUUGCUUUCUGCAGUGUCACCUACCAUGAGUCCUGGCUGCAGCUGAAAGGACAUGCAUGUAUGUGUUCAUGACUAUAGCCUUUAAUCACAGAAGUGAACACAAGUGAAAUGGAAUGAUGCUUCAUUUGCUAUUUGCACAAGUAUAUCAGAAUGCUUUGUUUUUGUAUGUCACAUCUUGCUCUUCUUUGAAGCACACACACAUUUUCAGUUAAGUGUGAAGCUUGAUUCAACAACCUUUUGAAAGUAGUAAAUUUUAUGUAGCGUGUGAUUGCAAAACUGUAUUGUUUUGAAUGCUGAGGGGAUUGUUAUUAAAUGGUGUACUGUGAAACAAA